UGGAGUUGGUGCGGAGUGAGCAGGAUCUAUCGAAAAAUGCGCAACUAUCAGCGCUUUUAUGGAUUGUAUUCUUCUACCUUCGUGGAUUUCCAAAAUAUGCAUUGAUGUCGUCGUUUAAAGUCGAGGAUUUUUUUCUUGAAAGAAAGGGCAGGUUUAGCUACGAAGUUGUGAAGUAGUUCCCUUGAAGUUUUUCUCAGGGCUGCAAAGCGAAUUUCCAGUUUACUAUUCAACUACACCAGCCAUCAUAUGGCGAGGCGAGAAGGGGGAGAAGGAUCCGUGAUUUUAACACGAAUUCCAUACACGAAUUGGAAUAAUCACUCGAGACUCCACUGGUGUAACUUCAUGGCUGUUUUUUGGAGCUUUGUGGCAGUCUUGUCGCUUCUAUGUUGUGGAUUUUGUGGCGCUGAAACUGAGUUUUCGAUCUUGAAGGAGGCACAAGUUUUAGCCGUACAAAUGAAUAAACUGUCCUCGCAGGAGCUUGGAGUCUUCACCAUGCAGAGAAUCUUCAACUCGUUUGUGUACACAGAGAAGACAUCAAACGGAGAGACAGAGGUACAGCAGCUUGCGAAGAAGAUCCGUGAGAAGUUUAACCGCUACCUGGAUGUGGUGAACAGGAACAAGCAGGUGGUAGAGGCAUCCUACACAGCCCACCUGACGUCCCCCCUCACCGCCAUCCAGGACUGCUGCACCAUCCCCCCCUCCAUGAUGGAGUUUGACGGUAACUUCAACACCAACGUGUCCAAGACCAUCUGCUGUGACAGGCUGUCUCCCACUGUCAACAGUCGAGCCUUUAACCCUGGACGGGACCUCAACUCAGUGUUGGCAGAUAACCUGAAGUCCAAUCCGGGCAUCAAGUGGCAGUACUUCAGCUCAGAGGAGGGCAUAUUCACUUUGUUCCCCGCCCACAAGUUCCACUGCAAGGGCAACUACGAGCACCGCAGCAGGCCAGUGUACGUGUCGGCAGUGCGGCCCCAGUCUAAACACAUUGUGGUGAUCAUCGACCACGGAGUGACCAUUACAGACACACAGCUCCAGAUCGCCAGAGAUGCUGCACUCGUCGUCCUCAGCUCCAUAGACGAACAUGACAAGAUUUCGAUCCUGUCCUCAGCGGAGGCUGUGCGGUCCUGUUCUCUGGACCAGUGCUAUAAGAGCUACCUGUCUCCUGCCACCAGCGAGACCAAGAGGAAGAUGAGCACCUUCAUCAGCAACCUCAAGGCCUCUGACAGCCCUACCCAGCAUGCACUGGGCUUCCAAAAGGCCUUCCAGCUGCUCCGGAACACCAGCAACAUCACCCGCCAACUCACCAACACAGACAUGGUGAUCAUCUACCUGUCGUCUGGCAUCACGUCCCGAGACGCGUCGGAGCAUGAGAAGAGAGACACCCUGCGCGUGGUCAAAGAGGAGAACCGCCACCUCAACAACUCAGUCAUGAUCCUCACCUAUGCCCUCAUGAAUGAGGGUGUGACGGGUCUGAAGGAGCUAGCGUUCCUGCGGGACCUAGCGGAGCAGAACUCGCUGAAGUACGGCGUGCCGAACCGCUCGGCGCUGCCUGUGGUGAAGGGGAGCAUGAUGGUCCUGAACCAGCUCAGUAACCUGGAGACCACCGUGGGACGCUUCUACAUCAACCUGCCCAACCGCAUGAUAGACCUGGCCCGCUUCAGCCUGUCAUACCAGGACCCCAUGGGAGACGGUUUCAUCAUGACGGUGAGCCGGCCGUGUUACUUUGGCAACUUGUUGCUAGGCGUGGUGGGGGUAGAUGUGAACCUAGCCUACAUUCUAGAGGACGUCACCUACUACCAGGACUCCCUGGCCUCCUACACCUUCCUCAUAGACAACAAAGGUUACACCCUGAUGCACCCGUCCCUCACACGGCCCUACCUGAUGACAGAGCCUCCGCUGCACACUGACAUCAUCCACUAUGAAAACAUCCCAGGGUUCCCAGUGGUACGGGACAACAUACUCCGUCUGCCUCUGGGUAGUCAGGUGAUAGCUGUGCCCACCAACUCCUCUCUGUCCUGGCACACCAACCGGCUACGAGACCCCAGCAGGGAGGCCUACAACGUCAGCUACGCAUGGAAACUGGUCCAGGACACAUCAUUCAUCCUUUGCAUAGUGUACGUCCAGCCAGAGAUCCCAGUGAAACACCUGAAGAACCUGAACACUGCUCCCAGCUCCAAGCUGCUCUACCACCGCCUGGAUCUGCUGGGACAACCCUCCUCCUGUCUGCACUUCAAACAGCUGGCCACCGUCGAGAGCCCUACGGUGAUGCUGUCUGCAGGGAGUUUCUCCUCUCCCUACGAGCACCUCAGUCAGCCAGAGACCAAACGCAUGGUGGAACACUACACUGCCUACCUCAGUGAUAACACACGCCUCAUAGCCAACCCUGGCCUUAAGUCGUCGGUCAGGAACGAGGUGAUGGCGACCAGUCACGUCACAGAUGAAUGGAUGACACUCAUGGAGAUGAGUAGCCUCAACUGCUACAUUGUGCGCCGUUACAUAGCAACGCCCAAUGGGGUGCUGCGGAUUUACCCCGGCUCGCUAAUGGACAAAGCCUUCGACCCAACCCUGAGACAAUGGUACCAGCAUGCUGUGGCCAACCCAGGCCUCAUCACCUUCACUGGGCCUUACCUGGAUGUGGGCGGGGCUGGCUACGUGGUCACCAUCAGCCACACCAUCCACGCCUCAAGUUCUCAGAUGGCCUCAGGGUAUGCAGUAGCUGUGAUGGGCAUAGACUUCACUCUGCGCUACUUCUACAAGGUUCUGCUGGACCUGCUACCCAUCUGCAACCAGGACAAGGGCAACAAGAUCCGGUGUUUCAUCAUGGAGGACAGGGGUUACCUGGUGGCCCACCCAACCCUCAUCGACCCUAAAGGCCACGCCCCCGCCGAACAGCAGCACAUCACACACAAAGAACCACUGGUGGCCAACGACAUCUUGAACCACCCCAACUUUGUAAAGAAGAACCUCUGCAACAGCUUCAGUGACCGCACGGUCCAACGCUUCUACAAGUUCAACACAAGUAUCAUUGGUGACCUGACUAACCUUGUCCACGGGAGCCACUGCUCCAAGUACCGUCUGACCCGUAUUCCAGGGACCAAUGCUUUCGCUGGCAUCGUCAACGAGACGUGUGAUUCGCUGGCUUUCUGUGCCUGCAGCACUGUGGACCGCCUCUGUCUCAACUGUCACAGGAUGGAGCAGAAUGAGUGCGAGUGUCCAUGUGAGUGCCCCCUGGAGGUCAAUGAAUGUACUGGCAACCUUACCUACGCUGAAAACAGGAACCCCAGCUGUGAGGUGCACCAGGAGCCCCUGUCUCUGACGGUGAUGGACUCCAGUCUGCAGGACACCCUGCCCCAGUGUAUCAACACCCGCUGCAGCCAGCGCUUCACUAGCAGUGACUGUUUUGGCGUGCUGGACUGUGAGUGGUGCAUGGUGGACAGUGAUGGGAAGACCCACCUGGACAAGCCUUACUGUGCCCUGCAGAAGGAAUGCUUCGGGGGCAUCGUGGGGGCCAAGAGCCCUUACAUGGACAGCAUGGGGAUGCUGGAUGAAGAGGUAGUGUCUCUGAACAUGAUGAAGAGUGCCCCGGUAGGGCCGGUUGCCGGGGGUAUUAUGGGCUGUAUCAUGGUGCUGGUGUUGGCUGUCUAUGCCUACAGACACCAGAUCCACCGACGCUCACACCAGCACAUGUCCCCUCUGGCUGCACAGGAGAUGUCCGUGAGGAUGUCUAACCUGGAUAAUGAGAGGGAUGAGGACAGCCAUGAAGACAGGGGGAUCAUCAGUAACACCCGGUUCAUUGCGGCGGUGAUCGAGAGACACACCCACAGCCCCGAACGCAGGAGGAGGUACUGGGGACGGUCAGGGACGGAGAGUGACCACGGCUACAGCACCAUGAGUCCUCAGGAGGACAGUGAGAACCCUCCCUGCAACAACGACCCCCUGUCGGCCGGCGUGGACGUGGGUAACCACGACGAUGACCUGGAUUUGGACACGCCCCCUCAGACGGCGGCGCUGCUCAGCCACAAGUUCCACCCGUACCGCCACCCCCCCUACCACCACCCGCUCCACACACACCACCUGCAGGCAGCCGUCACCGUGCACAGUGUGGACGCAGAAUGCUGAUCCUAAACCUCCCUACCCCUUCACCUCCCCAGACCUUGGCUCUCCUCCACCCCCACCAGCCCUCUUCCUCGCCUGGCUGCACCACUGUGGGCCCCUGACAUCCAACGCUACCACUACCAUCACCUCCAGACUCCACCACCAUGUAGGCUCCCACUGGGCCCAGCCAGGGUGAGGGAGGUGGGCUGAGAGAGAAUAGGGCAGACCCCCUGCUGUUGGACCCUGCUGGAAGUCUCCUUGGAAGAUCAUACACUGUAGGAGGAACACUAGCUUCUGUAGCCCAGCAGAGCUCUGCUCAGAACAUGGGGGGAUGAGGCGGAGCUGCUGGCCUUCUUCUAAAAGGGUCUGAACUUGUUUAAAAGUGUAAACAAAGCAUCUCAAAUGUUUAAGAUAAAAAAAGAAAAAAGAAAGGAUUAUUUUUCUACUAUUUAUUGAACUGGAUUUGAGAUGGAUCAGAUGAGACUGACCGUGUGGCUGGAGCUGAAUGGAAAGGACUCUGGUUGCUAAGGUAACCAGAGUGGCUGAUAAUGGACCACAGAGAGCCUCUGCUGCACACUUCCCUCACUUCCUGUCGAGGAUGCAUCAUAUCCUGUGUCACCGCAACGAAGAGGAAGUGGUUAUUCAGCACAUAUCUGAUACGUUAUCAUUUUGAUUAUUUUCAAUUGAGAAUCAGAAAUCAUUGUGAAGACGAACUCUUUGUGAUGACUGGACAAGCUGAAUAUAACACAUUGAGAAACCCACCCACUUGUUUAAAUAAGAUGUGUCAUACUCAGAUCACCUAGCCUACCAUCAGUCUAGGGCUGGUUUGUGUCACUGGGGCUGCUGUAUGACUGAAUAAGGAAGGGGCAGGCAAGGACCCUGGCAGAAUGACACAGGAAGUACAGUGCCCGUGCUUUGGUGCCCUGUUAUCUGCCUGAACAGAAAAGUAUAAUUAUGCUUGGUGGAAUUGGUUGGUCUGCCUUCGGAACUCACAAUGGCAUCUGGACCUGGUGGACCAAGCUAUGGCUCUCGCCGUCUCUAUGCCUGAGUGGGACCUAUUUAGUGUUGAACAGAGGUGUGUGUGUGUGUGAGAGAGUGAGAGCUGGAUCCAUCUCUAUGUUCCUUUGUGGUCAAUUAAUAAAAACACAGUCUUCUGUACACUCUGCUUGUGCAACUGUAAUGGUGUAUGUGUGUGUGUGUACACCACUUGUGUGUGCGUGUGUUUGGUCUGAUUGUAUGAAAGUGGUCAAAGCAUCUCCAUUGAAGGCGUUAUUACAUGGUUUAAUUGUUUUGAAAGUGUAAUUAGAAAAUAGAGAUGAAAUUAUUUUUGUUUAAGCAGUCCGCCUGAUUUUCUGGUGAGUAAUUUGACCCCUAUGACUAUGUGCUUUUUUUAGUCAUGUGAUUCAUGGUUGAACUGCUCCAAAUCAAGUCAGUAUGGUAUUCAUUUAGUUUGGGUAAAGAAUGUCUAAUGUUUUUUUCCCGAACUAAACAGUAUAAAGUGUACAUAUGUUUUAAAAAAUAUCACAAAUAGCUAUUAAUGUGUUACACUCCAUAUGUCUAUGCUGAAAAUGAAAUAUUGUGUGCUCAAAAUGAUGCUCAGAUAUUUGGGUUUAUUUUGAUAUUUUUCAGUACAUAGUAUCUAUCUGACUAUAUACUGCGAUGCCGAUGUUAUUAGGUCUUAACUUUCUUUAGGUCCAUAUUGGAUGGAAAGCAGACUGGCAUUGUGGUAUUUUACACACUUAAAGUUGGAGAUCAAUCGUCUUUAAAAGCCUCAUAUUUUUUUAUACAUGUAGGGUCCAAAUGUCACAUAAGACGAUAUCAAUUGACAGGAAGAGAUUUUAUUUUAGACUGCAUUGGAACUUUCUCCCUGUUCGUUGAGUUGAAUUAGUUCUAGACAUGGUAUGGGUCAAUUUCAUUUCAAUUAGAAAUUGAAUAUCCGUUUACUUCCUGAAAUAGAAUUGACCUCAAUGUCGCCUAACCCUAAAGCUGAUAUGGGAUAUUGUGGUACUCUCCUCUCAAUGUAGUUAAAAGCAGUAAUUUGUUUUAGUCACAAUUAGCAUCUACUGUCCUCUUCCUAACUACCACCACUGAAAUUAUAGCACUGGAUUUUAUUCAUAACACUACACAGCUCUGGUGAAUGUACCCCCUGAUUUUGUAAUGUCAGAUAGUGCAUAUUUCCUACUCAGGAUGGUACCAAAGCAUAAGUGGGUGUGAUGUUUGAUUCUGAAAAACAGGAACUAAAUUUACUGAGACUAGUGUUGCAAAUAACUCUGUUUUUACAUUUGUUUUUUUAGUUCCGUUGUAAUGACAUUUUUAACAGGAGAGAGCAUUAACAGUAUUUACCAGCUGUUGUAAGCAAGUAUAAUUUUGUGUAUUCCGAACACUAUGAAUUGUAUUAAUGUACUGAAGGAACUUCAAUGUGUGUAUCAUUCCUUUUUUCCAGUGUAACAUAUACAGUUAUUAUAUGGAGAUUUAUUGCAAUGUGAAUGUGAUUAAAAAAACAACAAAAAAAACA